GGUCAAUUCAGUCACCCGAUCUGCGUUUUCACUGAUUCUUUGGCUCAUCUAUCGGGAACAAGAUGUCCGGCAGAGCAUCCCGCAACACGCCGCCAUUAGGCAGCAUCUUUCCCGCACAGCCGGCCUCGUCUGCCCACCCCACGUCAUCCCAGAAGCUGCGGCCCGCGCCGCCGUCGAAGGCGAGCAAGAUGUCCACUGUGCUGUUCAAUCCCCAAGCCACAGCAUGGCAUCAGAGGCAGGCCAUGUGGCGGCCGCUCGCCAAACAAGCCACUCAGAAAGGUACGUGCGCCCCGUAUGCGUGCAGAACGGAGAUCACAUUGAUGAUCCAUCAUUUGGUUUGCGUGAAUGCAGCCACGGAUUUGACGAGCAUGCCACCCCCGAGCAACAUGGAUGCGGAUCAGCUGGGUCAGUGGGCCAACGUGGCGGCGCGGGAGGGGGUCCACAAUGAGGUCUUCUGGAACAUCAUGACCACCAGGGCCAAACAGGUACGCCCCUGCCCUGCCCAUGUACGUCACUGAUGAACGGCUGUGUUCUGGUUGUGUCCUGUCAGCUGACGUCGUCGAUGGAGAGCACUGAAAUCGCCUUGUUUCUGAAUGCCAUAGCGCGGGUCCGUCGGACGGACAAGGAGCUGUUCCAAAUGCUGGCGCCUGUCAUCCGCAAGAAAAUGAUCUACUUCAGCAGCAUCUACCUCGCCAUGGUCCUCGCGGCAUACGCCAAAGCAGGUAGACCAUUGAUUGCCCCAGAGGAAUGUGUGUGCCAUGAAUGGAUGGCUCUGGGUGUGGUGUGCAGGCGUAUACGAUGUGAGUCUGAUGUCGGCGUACGUGCGUGAGAUCCAGGCGCGGCUGCAGGAGUUCCAGACGCCAGUGGAGCUGUCGAUGCUCAUCAAUGCGCUCGCCAAGCUCCAUGUAUACGACAAAGACCUGUUCGACAGACUCGCCGCACAGGUGGGUUGGGUACACAGAUGGAUGCCUCACACACGGGCCGCCGACACGCACCGUGGGUCAGUCAGUUGAUGGACUGACUGACUGGUGUGUCAUGUCACCUCCCUCGUCGGUCUCAGGUGCUGUUUCGCAUGAAGGAGGAGUCCUUCCACAUCCGAGAGCUGUCGGUCAUUGCUGGCGCCUUUGCACGCGUCAACCACCUACACCCCGCACUUUUCGACGCCAUCGCAGGCACGUCCAUCCGACCACUCCACUAAACGACCACCUGUGUGUGUGUGUGUGUGUGUGUGUUGUGUGGGAUCCACCAGAGCGUGCUCGCAUCACAAUAGCCGAGGCGUAUCCCUUGGAACUGGCCCGCAUGAUCCACGCCUAUGCCAAGGUCGGCCGCAACGCCCCCGACCUGUUCGAGGUGUGCAUCCACUACGCCGCCGAGAAGCUGCUGUUCAUGUCGCCGAGCGAGCUGGCCACCACGGCCUUCGCCUUCGGUCAGAUCCGUGAGGUCAUCAGCGAGGAGCAGCUGCCCAUCCUGCAGCUCAUCUUUGACAAAGUGCGGCAGAGCUCCGUCACAUCCAUCGCCCUCUUCCACCCCAAGGACAUCUCCAGCUUCCUCAUGACCUACGCCAGGUGGCGACUGCCCUUCGAACACGGCGAGCUCAUCACGGUCAUCGACAGGGUGUUCGCACUCAAGGGUCGCUUCCAGCAGUGCGUGCCCGACCUGGUCUCGGUGCUCUGGUCCAUCUCGCUGCUCGUGCGACACACAUGGGAGGAGGGGGACAGCUCCAGCGGCGCAUCGGUGGUCAGAGCCUGUCAGUAUUUGCUGGUGAGCAACCUGGACGUGUUGACGGCGGCGAUGGCCAAGAACCAGCUCAACAUGACUGCCAUUGUCAGGAUCGUCGACUCUUUCGCCGCUGUCAGGUACGCCACGCCGGCAGGCCACCCUGGAGACAGACGGCUUCAUUCUCUCGUUCGCUCACUCACUGCAUAUAUUGUCGUCGUGGUGUCAGGUCGUGCAAUCGCGAGCUGCUGGAUGCUGUCCACGGCAGCUUCGUUCGUCGCUAUGAGGAGCUGGACCCAUUCGCCGCGUCGCUGCUAUUCGACAACUUCACUCUACUAGGUACCAACACGCACACACACAUUCAUCCCGUCUGCAUAUAUUGCACUCGUCGCCUUCUCUGUGGGGGUGUCUGAUCAAUCCACUCCCUUGGUGCAGGUUACAAUCCCGAGGAGGACUUCAUGCUGCUGCUGAGCGACAAGAUGGCAGAGGGCAAGGACAGGGAGCCCGGCACACGACCUGCCGCACUCGACCCGACAUACGGACAGGAUGAAGAAGAAGACAACGGCCGGACAAACGACGACAGAGAAGACGACGAGCCGGGACAAGACGACACAAGUGGCAACAAUGACGCCGCAUCGACAGCAGCAGCGGCACCCCCUUCCCCCUCCCCGCAGCCCCCCCAGCCGGCUCAGCUGAAUGGACAGAUGUUGCGGACUGCCGGUGAGCGGGGGCUGAGGGAGCCUGAGGACGGGACAGUGGGUAGUGCGAGAGUGGGCCGGGUGACAGUGCACUCAAAUGGAUGACGAGGAGACCAAGUCACUAUGUCCGUGUAUCCAUGCGUGUGUGUAUAUCAACA